UAUUUUCUGGGCGGCAUGCACAUCAAAGCACCACGACAACAAAUGACGACGCAACGGUAUUUUGGCACUCGUGUCAUUGAAGCAUUUGUCCGCGGGAAGAAAUGGGAGAAUGGUUCUUAAAGUACGUCUCCGUCGUGCAUUCACGUUGCGAAGGUUGGCGUUUUUGUUUUUUUGUCAUGUCUGGCAUUUUGCGCUGACCAAGUUGUCUAAUGAGUUUACGGCUGGGUUCUUCUGUUUCGCUAUGCUUGAUGGAGCUUCUCAGACAGAAUGGUGGAUCAGUCCGGGAAGAUCAAGUAGGUUUCUGGACAUUUGUCGCGGCUAGGCGGGGACAAUCAUGUAGAUUAGAUUCACGACAAUGACAAUACAAAAUGAAUAUACACUGAAGCAGGACGGCUAUAUUGGG